AGAGAGAGAGAGAGAUAGACAGAUAUAGAGAGAGGAUUUUGGCAAGAGAGCAGCUGUAAGUGGCUUGGUCUCUCUGUCUUCUUUGCUCUUAAAUUUGUUCUUUCAGUUUUGAGGGGAGAGUGGGAAGCGAUGGCAUUUGCAGGAACAACACAAAAGUGCACAGCCUGCAACAAUACAGUGUAUCUGGUUGAUCGGUUGGCAGCCGACAACCGGGUUUUCCACAAGGCCUGCUUCCGGUGCCACCAUUGCAGUGGUACCCUCAAGCUUGGCAGCUUCAACUCUUUUGAGGGGGUUCUGUACUGCAGGCCUCACUUUGAUCAGCUCUUCAAAAGAACUGGCAGCCUGAACAAGAGUUUUGAUGGAACUCCAAAAAUCUCGAAACCCGAAAAGCUUGUUGACAACGAGAAUGCUACUGCAAACAAAGUGUCAAGUUUCUUUGGAGGCACCAGGGAGAAAUGUGUGGGGUGUAACAAGACUGCCUAUCCAAUUGAGAGGGUGAGUGUCAAUGGAACAGCAUACCACAAGAGCUGUUUCAAAUGCACCCGUGGAGGUUGUACAAUAAGCCCAUCCAACUACAUUGCUCAUGAGGGAAGACUCUACUGCAAGCACCACCACACCCAACUCUUCAAGGAGAGAGGAAAUUACAGCCAGCUCGAGACCGACUCGGAAAAAGAGCCACUGCCAACUUCCAUGGAAAUUGCUGUCGCUUCGUGAACUACUUGAACUGUCGUCUUCGUUUUCUCUCUCUUCUGCUUUCCUUUGCAAACAUGCUGUUUCAUUGCAUUGUUGAAAUGGUUUAGUCUGAAUUGUUUGCGUUCUAAAAUGGGCAACAAUGAUGCUUUGGGUCAUUGUUUGGGCUUUGUAGUUUGUCAUGGGGUUCUUGUGUGAAUGUGUUGAAAGUCUGGGUAACUUGAAAUGUCACUUGUUUCAGCAUUUGCAUAAUGAAACAUUGUUGCUUG